AUGACCUCUAAAGCCGAUUAUUUAAAAAAGUACCUUUCCAAUGGUGAUGAUGAGAAGAAGAAAAAGAAGAAGAAGAAAGCAGAAUCGAGUUUCAAGCCUAUUGGAAUGCGUCUAAUUGAAGAUGAUGCUUUUUUAUCAGUUGAAGCUGCCAAACAAAAAGAUAUUGCCUCUGAUGAAGAACGUGAAGAAUUAGAAGUUAUUAAAGAAACUGUAAAAAAGGCGAAAAUUAUACCCGGAUUCAAAAAAACUUUCGCCGAGGUUGAAGAAAAAGUCAAACAAGAAAUCAUUACUCCCGAACAGUCUCCAAAAAGAGAAAACGGACGAAAGCGGCAUGAUAGCGAUAACUCACCUACGCGACCAAAAAGAAAUCGGCACGAUAGUGAUAAUUCACCUCCAAGAGAGCGAAGGAGGCGACACGACAGCGAUAAUUCGCCUCCGCGCCAGCCAAGAAGACGUCAUGACAGCGAUAAUUCGCCUCCGCGCCAGCCAAGAAGACGUCAUGACAGCGAUAAUUCGCCUCCGCGACAAGCUAGAAGACGUCACGAUAGUGAUAAUUCCCCGCCGCGUCAAGCUAGAAGACGUCACGACAGUGAUAAUUCACCUGUUCGAAAUCGUAAAAAUAGUGCCAAUUCUCCUGCCCGUUCGAGGCAAAGACGUGAUAGCGACAAUUCGCCACCAAGGCGAAAGAGUCCAACUAAAAGGCAAAGGCACGAUAGCGACAAUUCGCCACCACGUAGAAACCAUAGUUCAGACCAUUCACCACCUAGACGGCGUCAACGACGUGACAGUGAUAAUUCACCUCCUAGGAAGAGAAAUACGGAUAAAGAUCUCUCGCCACCCCGAAGAAGCCGAAAAGCAGAAGCGGACGACUCUUGCUCGAAGAAAGUUAAGCAAGAAGUAGAUAGUGAUGACGAUCGAAAGGACUUCUCGAAAACGCUUGAUGGAAAAAUGGCCGGAUUGCAAUCUGCUAAAGCUUUGAGGGAAGAAAGCGACAAGAUUAGGGCGAGAGACGCAAAACUCUUCGAGGAAUUAGAUGUGAAUGUUAGUGGAAGGCAUGCCGAUACAGUCUACCGAACAAAACAGACGAAAAAACGCGGAAGAGAUAGUUCUGCAGAUCGGGAACGAAAAGAGCGCGAAGCGAAGAAAACGGAAGAACUGAAAGAAAAGUACAAGGACUGGAACAAGGGUGUCAUUCAAAUUCAAACGCGAAAAGAGCAACUCGAGGAAAUGGCGAGAGUCGCCGCUGAACCUCUUGCUCGUUCAAGCGAUAACGCGGAUAUGAAUAAUCAUUUGAAAGAAGUCCUUUAUGAAGCGGAUCCAAUGGCAUCGAUGAUCAAAAAGAAACGAAGAGCAAUGGCUAUUGAUCGAGGAGACCUCGUUUAUCCGACAUAUAUGGGGCCUUGGGAUCCAAACCGAUUCAACAUUCCGCCUGGAUAUCGUUGGGAUGGUGUUGAUCGAUCGAAUGGCUUUGAAGGGAAAUUGGCAAAGACGGCCAAUCAAAAAACAGCCAAUCAGUCGGAAUACUACAAGUCUAUUGCCGAGUACGAAUAA